AUGCCAGACCGUGGGCGAGAGCGGGAACGAAAACGGCGGCGACGUCGCUCUUCUGACGAAGAUGAUAAUCUUCUUUCAGGAUGGAAGCUGGGCCUGGUGAUCGGGGUGAUCGUUGUCUGUUUCGCCAUGCUCUACCCGACCGUUAUUCAUCCGAUGAUUAUGAGUUUUGUAGGGCGAGGUGAGCCACCGAAACCACCCACACCGUCAAGACCACCGAUCCAUCCUGGAAUGAGAGGUCCAGGAGAUUCGAGAACUGGAGGACCUGGAGCGCGACAUGACAUUCAUCCGGCAAUGAGGAUGGCUGCGCAACAGGCUGAAACACAGUCCAGUGGACGAGGAAUGUUUGCUUGGAUGUUGCCAAUUUACACCGCAGGUGUGGUCAUCUUCCUCCUCUACACAUUGUUCAAAUCGAAAAGCAAAAGGAAGAGACGGUCUCGCUAUGACUCUUCCGAUGAUCGACUCUCGAGGAGAAUUGGUUCAGUUUCAGGAAGACGAAAACUUCGUGGAUUACAAGAACGGCUACAGCAGACGGAGGAGGCAAUGACUAAGAUCUUGGAACAGUUGGAAGCCGUUCAGGCGGCCGGAGCACUUAUUGAAGGCGAACCGGUUCGUCAGCAGCUUUUUCCACUGAAAAAAGCGAAACGAAAGACCCGCAUGGUGUGGUGGUGGGCGUGUAGCCCCCGAAAAGGAUAA